AUGAAGUUUUUUUCAACUUUAAGCAUUAUAUUUGCUAUAAGUCUAUUCGUUAUUAUCGGAUUAUGGCGGGUCGGUUUGAAAUGGAAUCCGAAGAUAAUUGAGCUACAAGGCAUGAACGAGGAAGUAUCUCAAAGAAUAAUUGAACUUAAUGCUUCACUGGAAAAUGCAACGAACGAAAAUGACAAUAUCAAUAUAUUAUUCAAUAACGCUAACAAGGAAAUUCAAGAGCUCAAAGAAACCAACAAAAAUCUCGAAAACGAUAUCAAAUUCUUCAUGUCCCAAAAAGAAAGCAUAAUGAUACUUGCUUCUUCCAAGUCAAGCUCAAUCAGCUACUUGCUGAAAGAAGACGGCACUUAUCUAUCAGUCGCAGAGCACCUUUCUUUGCCUGCUCGUGGAGAGAUUGUCGGCUAUGAAUAUCAAUUAUCAGCCUUGAUUAGGGGAGAAAUUUAUAUUUUUGGAGGAUUAAGCAUUUCGCGUCUAAACAUCUUCGAGAUUGAAGAAAUGCACGGAUAUGCAGCAAUCCUUUUAUACAGUAUUAAUCAUCAGUCAUCAAUUACUUCUAUCGAUAAUGGAAAUGCCGCGAUGAUAUGUAACAUAUCAUAUGUUUCGAGGAAUCUACCAUGA